AUGGAGAAAAGCAAUAUUAGAUCAAAACGUUCUAUGAACAUUAAGACGUCAAUAAAGUUUGACAACAAGGAUCUUGACGAGUACAAACGCGACGUUGAACAAUCGGUUACUCGUCGUUUGUAUAGUCCACAGGUUGAAAGUUUGGCAAGGAAUAGGCCUAGUUUAACCAAAGACGAUUUUGUACCUCGUGAAGGUCAAGUUUCAAACGGCAAACUGUAUGAUCCUUAUACUGACCAAAUGAUUAACAGCUGGCAAGAGACGAGUUUUGGACAACAAUUUCGACGAGCAGAAAACUAUGAAAUGAAUUCUCGCAGUUUUAGCAAGCAUUCACGUGCAAAUAGUGCUAAUGAAUCACUUAUGACCAAAACAAACGAUUCGAAUCGCCGUAAAGACGUAACACUUAAAGAAGUUACGAAUCCUAAUUUGGAAGCCUUAACGUUACUCACAAAAGAACUUGUUCAACUGGAAAAAAAGGUUUCUGAAGCUUCUGAUCAAUUUUCCAAGGGUAUGAAUGGUGACAACAGCGAUUCAAUCAUUAAUAUUUAUGAUGAAAAUUUCUGGCAAGAAAAAAUCUCACUACACUUAUCAUUGGCUAACAAGUAUUUCGAGUAUAUUCAUCUUAACUAUCCAUGUUCUGUCAAAAAAGACAUUGAAACGAAAUGUUGGAAACACGGAUUCUAUUUAUUGAUCGAGCAAUUCCGCCAAGCAAUUACUCUUAAUAAACAUCGAUCUAAAAAUAGGUCAUCUUUAUCAUUUGUUACUUUGAAUAAAUUCAAUAUGUUUCUGAAUGAAGCGGAAUUGUUUUAUAAACGAUUACUAAAACAGAUUGCCAACGACACAAAAUUGAGUAAAUCGAUCGAGAAAAACAAACCUCCAAGGUGGAUACGUUGUGUUAGUUGUUUAGGGGACAUUACUCGAUAUCGAUGGAAUUAUGGUAUAGAAGAUCAAGAGAAGGCCAAAGAGUUUUGGGCCAAGAGUGCUUCCCGUUGGUAUCGUUUGGGAAUUCACCUCAAUUCGAACAAUGGUCAAGACGAACUCAGAACACUUUAUUAUUAUUGUCGAAGCCUUAUGGUUAAUACUCCUUUCAUGAAUGCUCGUGAAUCUCUCGUCGCGUUGUUUGAAGCCAAUCGACAACUUGUAGUAAGCAACGUGAAGCAGAAGCCAAAAGGAAAACGUGGAUAUUUGCAGAAAGACAACUUGAAGACUAGGAAUUAUUUGGAUAACCAAUCUUGUGAGAAUAUAUUUGUUCGACUUCAUGGAAUGCUUUUCACAAAGAUUGGACUUGAGAGUUUUGAUGAAAACUUUCAAAUUUUCUUGGAUAAAUUGUUCAAAAUGAGUGUUGAUAUUCAAGACACAGACAGUACCAAUUGUUGUUGGAUGAAAUUUUAUUUGUUUCUAGCAGUCAUUAAUUUAUCAAGCUUAUACAAUUAUGGCAAUAAUGAAAAGUCUACCAUUGGUCAAGCUAUCAAGUUGCAAAUAAAAAAAGAGGAUGACAUGGAACCUUUAGAUAUCGAUCCAGCCUUUGCUCAAGAAUCUAGGAUUACUUUUAUUAUUAUGAAUCAAUUUAUGUCAAAGUAUCUUGAGUUUGAAAAUUUUCAAGAUGAACCUGAAGUUACUGAAGGGUGGCUUUUGUAUUGUGAGAUAAUCUUGCUUUGGAUGGUAGCAAGCGGAAUAUUCAAUAGUCUUACUGAUGCAAGCAAUAAUAGUGUUUGGAGAAGUGUAAUAAGAAAGCUCAUCUUUCCUGGAACUUGGGGAAUUCUUGCACGUUUUAUUACAAAGAUCAUACAUCAAAUACCUCCUUUAAUCAAAGAAAAAAUAUUAGAUUCCGUAAACUGUGACCCCGAACAAAAGUUCAUUCAGAUUCAACCUCCACCAUUAACUGAAGAUUGGGAAUUGCGUGGAAUUUCAUUGUUGCAAUCUAUUUACCAACACAAUCUAUUUGAAAGCGCAAGUAAACUUAAUAUCAACUUUGUUGACUCAGACGUGGAUGAUAUCAUAAAUAUCCCUAAUGUUGAAAAUAACUUUAGUUUGGAUCAAGAUGAAAAGAUACGCAGAAGAGUUAGAAUAAUGGAAUUGGGGUGCAUAUUAACUAAGAAAGUUAACGGAUUCGAUUUUGAUAUAAAAGAAGAUUUAUUCACUGCAUCUUCCGAAUUAAAUAAAAAUAUGGAAUCUGAAGAUGACGAUAUAUUACAUCAAACUUCAGAGUUAUCUAUUGAUGAAGAUGAGAAUGAUAUAUUAAGAACUACGGAAUCUACCUUCGAAGAAUACAGUGAAGACGACGAUGAAGGAAUAAUGGAAUUAAAAUCUCGUCGUCAAGAAUUAGAGACACUUUUAGCCGUAAGUCGUAAUGAUGUACAUAAUUAUAAAUCAGCGAAAUUCUCGUCAAAAAAAUAUAGGAAGGUUAAAAGAACAUUCUCAGAGAAAAAGGAAUCAUCCGUUCUCUGCAGAGUUGCUCCUGGAUAUACAAAAAUUGUCGUCGAUACUAACUAUCUUAUCGGAGAUCUUGAAAUGGUCAAAAAACUUAUUAAAAGUGAAAAAUGGAUUAUUGUUGUGCCUUUAGUUGUUAUUACUGAGUUGGAUGGAUUAAAACUUAAUCCUUCACCCCUCGGACAUGCUGCAUCUGAAGCACUCAUAUACCUCAAUGAAAUCAUUUAUAAGUCUAAGAAAAUUAAAAUACAAACGAGCAAGGGUAAUUAUUUACCUAGUAUUAAUUUUAGCGAGGAAUUUGAUUUCGGUGAUGGUGAAGACAAGAAGAAAAAUUUGGACGACCUUAUUUUGGGCAUUUGUUUAUGGCAUGCAAAGCAUCACGAAAAUCAUGGUACUCGCGAUAAAUCCAAUGAAGAAAGAAAUAAAGAUCAUAAAAAUGAAGUGGUUGUGUUGCUUACAAAUGAUCGCAACCUCAGAGUAAAAGCUCGUGCUAGGGGUGUUGAUGUUGUAGGCGUGAAUGAUUUCACUGGACUUAUUUGA